GAAUCGGGGAGGUGAAUAUGUGGGAGAAUGAGUCAAACUCGUUUCUCACACACCAUCCCUCACUCGUUCGGUCCAACUUACUCCCUUUCAUUUUUAUUUAUUUUUUCAUUUCCCAUGGAUAUUAAAACCUAUUCAACUUCGGAGUUCAAUAAGACUUACAUACACACUCAAAGAUCUGAGAAACUCAUUUUCUAUCAUCUUUAAUUUGGACAGAGAAAAAGUGGGAGACUCUCUAUUGAAGACCAAGUUUUUCUUUUUUCUUUUCUUUUUUUGUGCAUUUUGAUCUCGCAUGUAAAUAUGGACGGUUCCCGUGAUCAUGAUCAAAAGGUGAUUAUCAACUCUUUUGAUGAUUAUGGAGAGAAAAGGGUUGUCAAUGAAAUGGAUUUCUUUGCUGAUAAGAAUUGUUCGAAGGAAGCAUCAACAACGUUUGAAUUCAAGAAAGAGAGUAAAUUUGAUGGUGUUGAACAAGAACUUCAUCUUAACUUGAGCACUGGUUUGAAUCUUCUGACGACAAACGUUCCGACCAGUGACAAGUCUACUGUGGAUUAUACUGAAUCGCCCAGAAUUUCCAUUGAAUGUGUAGCUAUCAAGUCAGAGCUCGAUCGUGUGAGCACGGAGAAUGAAAGAUUAAGAGCUACACUGAAUCAAAUAAACAGUAAAAAUUAUUCUUUACAAAUGCAAAUUGGAGCACUCUUACAGCAUCAACAAAAUAUAAAAGGUGCAACCACAGUAGAUCAAAAGAUUAUUGAUGAUAAAGAUAAACGUUCACAUUCAGUAUUAAAUGGUAUGGAAGAGAAGUCAAUGGCUGAUGAAUUGCAGAAGAAUUUUCAGACAAAAAUACAGAUAGAAAAAAGCCCAGAAAAGAAAUUUCAAGAAUUGAUUCCAAAUAAAGUUCCAAAAUUUCAUUCUUCUUCCAAGGAUAUGGAUCAAGCUGAAGAAGCCACUAUUAAAAAGGCCCGUGUCUCGGUUCGAGCACGAUCAGAGACACCUAUGAUCUCUGAUGGAUGCCAGUGGAGAAAAUAUGGGCAAAAAAUGGCAAAAGGAAACCCCUGCCCUCGAGCUUAUUAUCGAUGUACCAUGGCAGUUGGUUGUCCCGUACGCAAACAAGUGCAAAGGUGCGUAGAAGAUCGUUCGGUACUUAUAACCACUUACCAAGGCAAUCACAACCAUCCGCUGCCCUCAUCCGCCAUGGCGAUGGCCUCCACCACCUCCGCAGCCGCAUCAAUGUUGCUAUCAGGACCAAUGCCAAGUGCCGAUGGAUUCAUGAACCCUAACGUGCUUACUAGAACUAUUCUUCCUUACACAGCAAAUUUAGCUUCAAUUUCACCUUCAGCACCAUUCCCUACUGUUAUAUUGGAUCUCACAAACACUCCCACCACCCAUUCACACUUGCAAAUACUCCAAGGGCCACAGGCCAUUGCCCAGGCUCUUUACAACCAUUCGAGAUUUCUCAACCGAGUCUCUGAUGCCGCAUCUGUUAGUAGUGAAAGCUCUCACAACAUGAUGAAUGCAGCUACUGCUGCCAUUGCCUCGGAUCCAAAUUUUACUUCAGCCUUAGCAGAAGCCUUAGGUUCCCUCAUUGGCAAUAUAAACCCAAAUACUGGAAUUGACAGUGAAAACUCUCCAAAAGAUGCCAGUGAAAGCAACAUGGCAAAUGUAAGUUUUGCAAGGAAGUGAGUUACAUAUGAGCAUCGACUCUUUUUGCUUAGGAUACUAUUUGAACUUCAUUAUUGUUUUUAUUUUUCGUUCUCUCUUUCUUUGAUUUUUGAACAGGAUGUGAAAUAAAUAAGUUCAUCUGUAUUUUCUACAAGCUUUUCCUUUAUGUAAGCAA